CACUUCUUCAAUAUGUCAAAAUAAUUUCACUAAAAUUCAUUGACAUAGCCUAAACCGCAUUUAAUAGAAUUAUAUAAAGAAUAAAACCGUCUUAACAUAUUAUCUGGAUAUAAGUUGAAACGAUACUAUUUUUUUAUAAUAAAUUUAUCAACAGUAUGUUGUAAGUGUGAGUAUUUAAUCCGGCAUUUUUUCAGCAGUAAUGUGGACAGUAUGUGUGCCUGGGUGGAGUGCUAUCCUUGUAGCAGGAACACUCCUGCUAUAUGGGACACUAGAUAUAGCGUACUUCGCAAGAAUGAUGUACACAGUCGUCAAGGCAAGGUAUUUUAGGAAAAAAGCGUGUAUUUUGGACACCACGGAAGUUGAAUGUUGGUGCCUCCUUAACGAUAUAGACACACUUCUAUACCAUAUGAACAACGCGCGAUAUCUUCGUGAAUUAGACUUCGCUAGAGCUGAUUUCUAUGAACGUACGGGGUUGUACGCGAAUAUCAAAGCGGCUGGUGGCGCGGUCUUACAAGGAGCUGCUACCAUAAGAUACAGGAGAUAUAUCAAGCCAUUUACCAGAGUUACUAUAAAGUCUAGGGCGGUGUUCUGGGAUGAGAAGACCUUAUUCAUGGAGCAUGAAUUUAUUGGUCCUGGCGGCUUCGUCCACGCUGUGGCUGUAUGUAGACAACGGGUUAUUGACACGUCAGCUGCGGCUAUUGCAGAACUGCUCUUACAGUUGCAUUGCGGUGGCACCUGCAAGUCUUACCCGCAAAAAAUGCCUCCAGAAUUGGAACUUUGGGUGCAAAGCAACGAGUUAAGCUCUGCGAAACUUAGGUCACAAGCUGCACCUUUGCCAGCCAUUGAACAGCCUGACCCUUUGGCCUGCGGUGAAGUUGUUACAAAUACUGAGUGAGACUUACUUCACUGCCCAAAGGAUAUGUAUUCAGUACAGAGGAGUCAAAAAAAGAACGAGUGAAUAAGAUAGCGGGGGUCGGGCAAGGGCAGUGACUUAAACAAUCAUUUCACCAAGCGAUGUCGUCGCUUACGGACGUCUUGUGUUUUUAGAAUUAUCUUUAUUUUGUGAUUUAAGUUAUUUUAAUUAUUUAUUUAAUAGGUAUAUACAUAUUUUAAAUUAGGUUUUAUACUGAAAGUUAUAACCAAAACAAUAUAUGUAUGUGAUAUAUAAGCACAGGUAAUAUAAUGUGUACAUAUUUAGGUUAUUUUAUGAUGGUAAUAAUAAAUUAACCUUAACUGAAAUUGUUAUAUUUAAAUAAUUGGUGUUGUAUAAACUAUCUAAUGAUGACAAAAUUUUUAUGGUUUUUGAAACCGCGAACAUUAAAACUUUUAUACCUGGCUGAGCUAGGUUAAAAACACUUUGUUUGUUAAUCCAGUUUCUUGUUAUAUGUAAAAAUUAUAAAUUGUGUGUGUUUCUAUGUAAGACGUGAAUUUACACAUCGGCUAUAAAUUGUAACUGUUUAUUAUAAGAUCAACGUUCACAACGUUGAAAUAAAUUGUUUUCAGAGAAUUGUAUAAUCAUGCAUUUCUUUAAAAUUAAACGAUAUAUUAAA